AUGUCAUUUCAAACUCCCGUCUCGAAAUGUACGACCAAAAUUCCAUCGCUCGGUGAGCUCCAAGGGCUGCAAUAUGCAAAUGGAGUGCAGCAGUUCUGCGGAAUUCCGUACGCCGACUUGGCCAAGCGGUGGACAAGAUCAACGCUGAAGACUGUUUGGAAGGGCUCUAGGCACGAUGGAACCAAGUUAGGAAACAGCUGUCCCCACCCAGAACCUGAUGAAGAGACCAACGACCUCGUUCCAGUCCCGCCAGCUGCUCACUUUUCUUAUCCUCCAGAGGUAGAUGAGUUGACUGGUCUUGUCAUGAACAUCGUGAUUCCAUCAAAGCCAAACAAUCCCGACAAAAGAUAUCCCGUGAUGGUCUACGUACAUGGCGGCUCCCUGCUAUACGGAGGAGCCAACCUUCCGAUUUUCGACGCCGUGAACCUCGUCUCCCAGAGCAUCAAAAUGAGCACGCCAAUCAUAUGCGUGAACUUCAACUACCGCGUCGGCCUCGGCGGAUUCCUAGCUAGCGAAGAAAUACAGCGAGAGCUAAGAGCAGACGGGUUCCAGGGCUGCGGCAAUUUCGGCUUCACAGACCAACAAGUUGCAUUCGAAUGGGUGCAGCGGUAUAUCGAUGCGCUAGGUGGUGAUCCAAACAACGUCACUGCGAUCGGCGAGUCUGCUGGCGGGAUUUCGAUAAGUAACCAGCUUGCUGCUGCGAGUCCGCCUCGUUUCCGACGCGCGGUUUGUAUGUCUGGCCUGUCUGUCUCGAUUCCACCGUGGACGAUGGAGCAGCAUGACGCGCUGUUUGAGGCUGUUUGUCGGUAUUUCCGGAUUGAUUCCACCCGGUCUGAUGUGCUGGACUCUCUCCGACAGAUCCCGCAGCAAACUCUGGCAAACGCAACUCCCAUCAUCCAGGGGGUGCUAUCUGGGACGGGGAAUCCAUGUCUCGACGGGUGGUUCUAUAAGAACGACGCUGACCCGCGUGAAAUCCAGACGGCACCACCGUGGCUUGACGCCCUAAUGCUGGGCGAUACCUACCAUGAAGGAAUUAUCUUCCAUUUGAACAUCCUAGACGACAAUUUCCACUCGAUCCGUCAGACUCUCGCAGGGCACGUGGGAGCAGAAGACGAAACAGAUCAAAUACUCGCAGAGUACGGCAUUAGCCCAGACCUCCCACAUAGCCUGCUCAUCGAGCGAGUCGAACAUAUGUGCGGAGAUGCGGUAUUCAAAAUCCCCAACUAUGCCACUACUCUGUCCAAUUCGCAUCUUGCGGACAAGGGCGCAUUGUUUAUGUACCAUUUUGACCAGCGCUCGCGACUCAAGAACGCGCUGGAAGGGACCGCGUACCAUGCGCAUGAGCUCCUGUAUCUGUUCCAGAACCUUACCAAUGAGAUGGAUGAGGGCGAGAAAGCGAUGGCGCGGGACUUUGCUGCUGCGUGGAUUAUGUUCUGUAAUGGGCAAGUACCGUGGACUGGAGGUAAACGAGAGUGGAAAGUUUGGGGUCCGGAGAGUGUCCAGGCUAUGCGGACGGAGGAGCAAGAUGAAGAAAUUCGCUCGUAUACGAGAAUGCAGCGGAUUCUCUCCAUGGGUAGUGGCGGGACUUGGAAAAGAUGGCUUUCUGGGGUAGAUGCGUUGGUGAAUAAGAGAAUGAAUAUGGGGAAAGCGGCCUAA